AUGGGUUCUUCCUCUGUCCCGCAAGAGCCAAUCGAAAGCCACGAUGAGCAGCCAACUCUUAUCGGUGGUGAAUCUUGGCGCAAUACUCAAGGUGGAUGGAUACGAGAAUGCAUUGGAGGCGAGCACGCCGUCUCCUACAAUCAGAAUGUACGAGACGGCCACACUGAACUGACCUGCGAGGUCCCCUUCAGUGCCAGCGUUUCAACAGCCGAGGUCAUUCAGCGUGUCCGAAAUUGUUGGCUUACCUGCCACGCAAGCCACCCAGAGAUUGCCAUCCAGCUCACCACGGGGAGAGAACUGCCCCAGAUGAUGAAGUUUGAGCCACUUCAGUCGGAUGCUGACGUUGCCGAGUGGCUACACGACACAUUCGAAGUUGUCACCGACCGAAGUGCCCGUGAUGUGGUCAACAUGACCUACAGUCGUCGUCUGCCGACCAAGGGUAAACGCAGUAUGCUCUACCUAGUCACGGCAGGCGCUGCAGAUCCCGCAAAUCCUACGCGUCAUUACCUUGUGUGGAAUAUGGGCCACGUCAUGGCAGAUGCCUACAGUGUCGUGCUCGUGUUCAAUCACAUUUUCAGUACUAUCACCCGCGUUCCUGGCGAUAGGAAUUUGACUCUCAACAAUCUCGACUACAGAGGCAUCCUUGAUCGUUUACCGGUUAGCCCUGUUACGACCUAUCAGAACAAAUACAAGCCGACCCAGAAUGACGUUCAAGAAUCGUUGAAUGAUGCCAUUGCACAAAGCAAUCUUUACGCUUCAAAUAUGUCCAAAUCACUUGCCAUGUACCCAGAGCCAGACAAAGCAGACCGCGAGCACAAAACUCACUGCAUCCGAUUGCAGUACACACUAGCAGAAUCCAAAGCCCUGCUCGCCGGACUCCGCGAAGAGAAGCUCAGCAUCACAUUUGCAGCCGCCGCAGCAACGGUCCUCGCCGUGAAACAAGUCUACGGCAAGGGCCACGAGACUGGCGCGCUCCUCGGCAUGACCCGAAACGCCCGACGAUGGAUCGACACAUCCAAGGAGACUGGCAACUCUAUCCCCAACGCCGCCGAUACCGUCUUGCUCUGGGUUCCCUUCAAAGAGGAAUGGUUCCGGGGCUCUACGCGCGACACCAUUCUUUCCCUCGGUCGUGCGAUCAAAAACCAACUGGGACCGCAUCUUGUCUCCCCGCAUUAUCUGUCCAGUAUCUCCUUCGGGGCUGAUAAGUACGUGGCAAGCCUUGCCAACUCCGACGAGCCGAGUGGUGCGCCAUGCCCGCCUGGCUUCUCGCCUCAAGGCGCUCUACCUCUCGGACGCUCGUUCUCGUCGAAGACUGCGUCGAUUGAGGUGCACGACAUCGUACAUACCGGUCGACAGAUCCAUGACUCUGCCUGGGUUGGGAUGUUCUCGCUUUGGGAUCAGGUCACAUUGUCUAUGGGCUUUGAUGGCAAGUACUAUGAUCCGAUGACCAUGGACACUUUCAUGGGCUUGACCAAGUCUAACCUUGCGUCGUUGAUCUCGCCGAGGUAUCUCCGUGGUAUUACAUCCAAAUUGUAG